AACCCCGUUCGUGACAAUUGACAAAGUAGGAAGCGUUAUCUUGCUUCUGUGCGUGCGCUUUACUUGCACGUUGUUUUAUAAGUGUUUCAGUAUCACACAACGCACGUCUAAUUUGUAUUUAACGGAUCUCUGUGUUUUGUACUCUAUUCAUUUUUGAAAUCAACGGAUGCGUUGAUUAUUCCUUUUCUUGCACAACUAGUCACUGAUCAAGGUCAAAAGUUGCUUGACGUAAGACCUUCAGUGUAAUCAGCUGUGUACACAGUGGUCGUGAAUCUCUUAACAAAUGGCCGGCUUAAUUAACUUUGAGGACGAAAAGGAGGUCAAGCAGUUUUUGGAUAAUUUAGGAGUGGAAUAUAGUUAUCAGUGUUACCGGGAGAAAGACCCUGAAGGGUGUCAGAGGUUGGCAGAUUAUUUGGAGGGUGUGAAGAAGAACUAUGAGUCCACUGCUCAGGUGCUCAAGCAUAACUGCCAGGUGAAUGGAUAUGGAGAGAGCUGCUAUAAGCUUGGGGCUUAUCAUGUCACUGGCAAAGGUGGCAUGACGGAGUGUUUAAAGACAGCGUACUCCUGUUUUAUGAAGGCAUGUAACGCCAAAGGGAAGAAGUCUGUGGACGCCUGCCAUAAUGUUGCUCUGCUUGCCCACGACGGGAGAGCCAUGGAGGGGGGCACAGACCCAGUGGUGGCUCGUCAGUAUUAUGAGAAGGCGUGUGAGGGAGGCUUCGCCCCCAGCUGUUUCAACCUGAGCGCCCUUUUGAUCCAGGGAUCUCAAGGGGUGGACAAAAACAUGCCAUUGGCUCUAAAGUAUGCCUUGCGAGCCUGUGAGCUAGGACACGUAUGGGCCUGCUCCAAUGCCAGCCGAAUGUACAAAUUGGGCGAUGGGACGGAUAAGGAUGAUCAGAAAGCAGAGGAGCUGAAGAACAGGGCUCGGGAGCUCCACGGACAGCAGAAGGAAAGGCAGCUGAAAUUUGGGGAGUGAGAUAACUGUUUGAUGUUGUUGUCAGGUGCAACUGAUUUUAUGCAUCAGGAAGCAUAGAUCGAGACCAUUAGUGCCUGAUGACACAGCAUAUGUGCUUGCUGUCACUCAAUGGCAUCAUGCAAUGGGCUUUCUUAUCAUUUUAUAAAAGCAACAUCAAUAAUGUUAAUAAAUGUUUUCUUUGAUACUCUUC